AUUUUUGCUAAAAACCAAACAAAUAUUUAUUUUGGAUCACUUAAUUAGGACACGUGAUAUGAUAAAUAAAAUUGGUAAGCCAUCUGAAGACCAGUACGGUUACAGUUCUCCAGAUCUUCCAACCCAGUCGCUUCCCCAAGAUGAACUUCUCUCUACAGCGAAGGGCAUAUAUGACAUACUGACGCUUCACGUAAACGCAAUGAGAAAUACACAAAGUCCAACACCACAAAGAGGAGAAAUGGCAUUUAAGGAAAGACUAGCUAAACGUUGCGAUACGGAAAUGGAGUCAUUUGACAGCAAUAUUUUGGACUCCUUUCGAAAAUUAUAUCAGAUCAUUCCGGCAUGUUUGUUAAUGGAAGUUGUACUAGCUAUACAAUACAUAAGAGCGUUCAGUGCACUUUCAACAAUAUUAACUAAACUUCGAACAAAACUUUCAAAGAAAUCGCUGUCAAAUUUAUUAAUUACAAAAUUAAACUUUGAGUUCCUAAAUUUUUCCACACUAGAUGUUUAAGAAAGCAACUAAGCGAAACUAUUUGUUUUAAUCAGCUUUUAUUUACAUAGAUAUGUUUAUUCGUAUACAAAUUUAUGUGCAGAAUUGAAUAAAUAUACAUACUCAUGUACA